AUGAGGAAGACGAAACGCCCCAACGGGCCUACAUUCAUUCGCCUCAAACUCGAACAGUGGGAACAUGAUGACAAAUCUUGGAAGGAUAAGAUUAAGAAGAUCAUUCGAGACUUUACCCUCCCUGCGAAGUGGACAGUAGCCGCGAUUAUUGCCCCAGAAUCCCUAGUUAGAUUCGCAUUUAGCGACUGGAUGCAUGUAAAAAGGACGGAGAGCCUGUUGAAAAUGUAUGGAAGAGGAAAAUUACAAUCUUGGGACCGAACACAUAUCCACUAUGCGAAUAUGGGCGGAUUCGUUUUCCAAUUUGAAGUCCUGGAAAAUGACAGUGAGCAAGAAAAAGGGUACGAUCAAGAAACGAAAAACGUGGCUCUUGAUAUUUCAGAUGAGUUUCAUCGUGGUGGUUACGCCCUUUUUAUCAGGGCUAUCCAAAAACGAUUUCGAUUCAUCUUGUCCAACUUUCGAAAAGCUAGUGAUGCAGUCUCUAGUCCAGAUCGGAGCGGCAGAGGUGCGUCACAUAAUCUACCGGACCGGAUGCAUGAGCUAGGAGAUUCUUCAGCUAUAGAGCUUCGCUCAUCUCAGGGUCUCGAAAUCACAGACUUAUCAAUGCCUUCUUUUCCAGAGGCCGAAACCGAGGCAGUCACCCCCGAAAAUCCCGUUCCAUCCCCCACUUCCAACGCAAGUACAGAUGGAGAUGUAGGCCAAAUUCCCACAAAGAAGGUUGACUUCUACCUGAACGGUACCUAA